AUGUGGCAGGAUGAAUGCCCGCUCCGUGAUGGUGACCCACAUUUCUUGGAAGCCAAGAACUUAGUAGCAGUACUGGUCAUGCUGAAGAAGAGGCUGACCGCAAGGAAGUUCCUGUUGAGAAGACCUGUCUCAACAGCUGCGGACGCCCUGCCGCAGAAGGAUAUGACAGCUGCUGCAGGUGAGUCCCGAGUUUUAGCCGAUGACAAGACCACAGAGGUCUGGUGGGUGGAUUUGGGAAGCUGGGUUCGGAUCGACAAUGAGACUCAGGAGCGCAUCGAAGCAGCACGACGUGAGGGUCGAACGGAGGUGGAGUUUCAUGCGCGAGGCCACCCUUACCUCAUCGACUUGGUGGGCAUGGCGCAGAUCAAUCUGAACACGGGGAUGCAACGGGAUAUCAAAAGCACUGAGUCUGAGGAAGAUGAACCCCACGAAGAAGAUGAAGAAGAGGAUGAGGAGAGUGACAAUGAGAUCACACCACCAUGGCUGCAGCCGAGAAGCUCUCGGGAAGUGGCGGCUGCGCCAACCAGAAGUCCCCGCCUCGUUGCCUUGGUGAACUUGUUGCUGAGCCCCGCUGUUCAGGUGCCACUGCCAGCAGAAGCCACGAAAGAGGAUGAGAAACUCAGCCAAGAGGAAGUGAAGAAGGUCUUCAAGGAGCAUGUGAAGGGUGUGGAGAAGUAUUUGUUCCGCGACAUGCCUGGACAAUACUCCCUGAAUUUCUUGGCCUCCGCCUAUCAGAAUGGCCUUCGCGCCUUCAAUGGAACCCCCAUGGACAAUCACCUCAAAUGGCUAAUGCGAUCAAUUGUGCAUUAUGGCCAUGAAAAGAAGCCAGGUGCAGCGCGGUACCUGAAAGAGGUAGCCGAAGCUUUCCUGGAUUGCCAAGCAGUUCAGGCCCGGGUGGUUGAACGAGUCGGCUUGGAACUGCUGGGAGUCAGCCAGAUGCUCAGGGACGGCCAACCUCCCAGUCAAGAUUUCAAAGGCCUCGUUCGAGCGAUGGUGGGUGACUAUAAGGUGAUGGCCAUCAAGAUGCUGGCGAUCGAUCAUCUCAGCCGUGGGGUGGUGAGUGACGAUGGUAACCCCACGCACUAUGAGAACCGCUUGACGGCCGAUUUGGGUAGUUUGGUGGGCCUCAACAAAGACGAUAUCCGACGAGCGGACUUGGAUGAACAUGCCCGCAACAGGUUCGGACGUUUGCAUGGUCCCAGUGCAGAGAAGGCCGUGCAACGUUUCAAGGAACUGUUUGACAUCGAAGCCCUUGCGAAGACCUUCUGCAACGAGGUGAAUAGUUUCAAUGAGAACAGCUCCAACGACUCCCUGCCGGGGCAGUUUAUGAAGUGGGCAGAUGAGAAGAUGACGCAGAAGCACUCCAUCUUCGAUGAAGAGACCUGUUGCACAGUGGACGUUCAGGAGCCACUGGCCAUUGCCUUACUGGAGGUGCUUUUUGCUGGAAAACCAAGCAACGAUUGCGGCGAAGAAUACCGAGGUGUACAGGUGCAAGUACCUUGGGCAGAAAAAAGAAAAACACAACAGAUAGACAUGUCUGAAAAUGGAGUUCAUGGGAUUUUAAUUUUAAUGAGAUUCUAA